AUAAAUCCCAUUGAACUCUAUAAUUGUUUUAUGAAUACUGCAUUAACACAGAUCCCAAAUAGUCAUGUAGCUAAAGGUCCUAAUUCUUUAGUCAAGAGAAGGCAAAGUUCUAAAAUUUUAACACAUUUUCUUUAA